AUGGUCGAUGAUUACAUUGUUUUCGGUGAUGUGGUAACUUUUGAUACCACUUUUGGUACUAAUGAAGAGAAGAGACCCUUAGUGGCUUUUAACACUUUUGUAAAUGCACAUGUUGGUAAGGAGCCUCGUUCAAUCUUUACUGAUCAAGAUGCUGCUAUGGCAAAUGCCUUAGAGAGUGAAUGGCCAAAAGUGUCUCAUGGAUUGUAUUUCAAUAAGUGCAUGUACGAAUAUGAAGAUAUGGAGGAAUUUGAGAAUAAAUGGAAGAAAAUGCUUCAAGACAACAAUUUAAUGGAGAAUAGUUGGUUGGCUCGCAUAUAUGAAAAAAAAGAGAAAUGGGCCAAGGCUUAUAUGAAAAAUUCAUUCACAUUGGGCAUUCGAAGCACACAAAUAUCUGAAAGUUUAAAUAGUGAUUUGAAAGAUUAUUUGAAAAGCACUUUGAGUAUUGAUGAUUUUUUCAAACAUUUCGAUAGGGUGGUGGAGCAAAAGCAAAAUAAAGAACUGGAGGCUGAGUUUAAAAUGAGAGAAAAUGUACCUUCAUUAGGGGAGUAUGGUUGUGUUGAUUCACUUAUAGUGAAGGAUGACAUACAAGACACACACAUAUAUAUUGUUUCUCCACAUUGGAACAAUGAGAAAGAAUAUAAGGUGUUUUGUGACACUAACAAUGAUGUGAUGACUUGUAGUUGCAAGAAGUUUGAAAGUGAAGGGAUGCUGUGUUGUCAUAUAUUGAGAGUGUUUAGCUGA